AUGGAUCUUGCAGAGUAUCGUGCAAGGCUCCGAGAGCUUAAAAAAAUGAGCACUCAGGUAACCAUGAAGAAUCUGAAGAUGGUAGAUGAAGAGGCGAAACAAUUAGCAAUGAAAGGCAAGCCGAAAGUCUAUAAAAUGGAUGAGGAGGAUCCGGCUGAGGGAGUUAAGGAAAAAGAACAGAAAAAUCAUAGAGAGAAGCUCAUGAAUUAUAAUAUGAAGGAGUAUGAAGAAUGGGAGUUGGGACAGCAACGGCGCAAUGCAAGAGGGGAGCAUGGUGGCAACGCUGACCUGCAAGAGAUAGCAAAAUAUUCAUAUGACAAACAAUUGAAGCAGAAUCAAUGUAUCACUCCUGUCUCUACUAGUAGUAAGCGCACACACAAAAUACAUAAAGAUUAUGCGACUGGUAAAGUUAGACUUCCCGAUAAUAAAAAUUUGGUGAAUCAAUUAGCUAAGGACUCCAAACACUUGGCGACGAAACGUUAUACUGCCAGGAGCAAGGAAAUUGAGCGUAACGCUAUUCGAAACACUCCUGGCGGGUAUAUAAAUGUUAAAAAUAAACAAUUCAACGAAAAGCUCGAUAGACAGUUGAAAAAGAGGGACACCUGA